AUGGGGACACUUCAAUUAUGCAAAGAUAUUGUUUAUCCAAUUUCAGACCUGCCAACUGCCAGCAUAAUUAUUUGCUUCCACAACGAGGCUCUUUCCACGUUGUUGAGGACAGUCUACUCUGUUUUGGACAGGUCCCCUCUGGUGUUGGUACAUGAAAUUAUUCUAGUCGACGACGGAAGCACUUAUGGUUACAUUUUUUGCUUAUUUUUAGAUUUUUUAAAAGAAUCUCUGCAGGAAUAUGUGGAUUUGGCAUUUCGGGGAAAAGUUCGGAUUUUGAGGACUGAGGAUCGAGUAGGGCUUAUAAAGGCAAGGUUGUUUGGAGCUGAUAAGGCCACUGGGGAGGUCCUGAUAUUCCUGGACUCUCACUGUGAGGCCACUGAAGGAAGUGAUAGGACUCCUACGAUUGCUGGAGGGCUAUUUGCCAUUAUGAGGGAACGUUUUAUUGAAAUUGGGAAAUAUGACCCGGGGAUGGAUAUUUGGGGAGCUGAGAAUUUGGAGAUUUCGUUUCGGAAUUUGGAUUAUGGAGAUAUUUCUGAACGAUUGGAGAUUAGAAAAAGACUAAAAUGCCAUUCUUUUGAGUGGUAUUUAAACAAUGUUUAUCCUUCGAUGUUUAAUCCUGAAAAAUCGGUCAUUUAUGGGGAGGUUGUCUAG